AUGAUUCCCAGCGCAAUCUUCGAGUGCAAGGCCAUUGCCAUGAUGACAUAUCUCUCCGUGGGAUUUGCUGUUGGGGCUCCAAUGGAUCCCCACGAAAACAUGACAUCCCAGGAUGUCGGCAAUCCAAGCCAAUGGAAGAUCACACAUAGCCCAGCCGCCGGACAGGCCUUUGGCGGUGAUCUAACUUGGUAUGACACCGGGCUGGGAGCAUGUGGCUGGUUUAAUAACGGGGGAGACCACGUCUGCGCGGUGUCUCAUAUUGUCUUUGACCGUGCGAAUGUAGACGGUAACCCCAACCAUAACCCACUUUGUGGCCGGUUGAUCCACAUCCAACGGGGUAACAGAGGCAUAGAUGUCACUCUUGUGGACCGAUGUGAGGGAUGUGGGGAGUUUGAUGUGGAUGUCACCCGUGGUGUUUUCGAGCAACUCGGUAACCUCGAUGAGGGACGGGUUCACACUGAUUGGUGGUGGAUAUAG